AUGUGUCCAUUUAGAGACUAUAACAAAGCAGUCGAGAAUUUGAAACGUUUAGUCAUUUAUGUCGACUCUGCCCCAGAAUGUUAUGUUAUGAAAGAAUGGGAUGUUGUCUUUAACAAACCAAGAGCAACCAUAGUUUCAGAACAAGAAUGUAAACAGAAACUUAAGAAAAUAAAAGUUGUACAAGUUGGUAUGAAGAUGUAG